GAGAUGCAUUGUGGGGGAAGUCGUUGCCAUUCGACCUCUGCGGGGCCUGCGCGGACGCACAUAGAACCCUGAAAUUCAUUAUGCGUUUAAAACCCUUAUUUAUUUCCGCAUAACCUACAUACUCUCAGCGGGAGGCCACAGCGGAAAAACAACGAUUCAACAAAAUUCGACAGACUUCGCUGCAAUCAUCCAAAGACUGUAAGGAAUUCUAAUUACCCGGAAAAGAAAUUUUGUUGAGACACUGUAGAUUGUAAUUUAUUAAGAAAAUGUCCGGAGAGAGAAACCGCAGGUCGCUGGCUUUCCGAGGAGGUGGAUUAGCCGCAACCGGUCCCAGUGGCAGCGGAGGCAGCAACAGUAACAGCUGGGAGGCCCAGGCCUGCCAAGACCGACAUUUGAACGGGAACAGGCCAGAUCAAGACGAGGAUAGGGUUCUGGGGGCAAAAGGACCAUCGCUUGGGAAAGUCGAGGGUGGGGGGUCCGUCAGCGAUAGCACAGAACCAGAGGCGGAGGAAGAAGAGGACCCGGAAGGGGGCAACUCGCUAGCUGGGGACCGCGGAGAAGACCGAGUCGGCUGGACUACAGUGACGGUCGGAGAAGACGGGUCUAGGAAAGGUGGCAUUUGGACACCGGGGAACGGCGUGAAAUCGGAGGAUCGCACGGGAUCCGGGCACGAAAAAGGCAAAGCCAGGAGCGGGGCAGACACGGAGGAAACGGGUGUCAGGAAACCGUGGGUCGAAAUGAGACCGCAGACGCUGCUUCAGAAACACUCGCUGUUCCAAGGCUCCUGGUUGCAGGAGUUUCCAUGGCUCAAGUUUUGCCAAGAAACCGGACUUAUGUCCUGCUCAUGGUGUCACAACAUUGCCACUAACCAAAACGAUGAACUGGUCAAAGGCAGUCGGAAUUACAAGCGGGCCUUGCUUUUAAGACAUCACCUGUCCUCGGAACACGGGAGGAAUGACCCGACAAAACAGGAGCUGGGCAGCCCAUCUUCCUCCAUGUUGGCUGAUCACCACCACCACCACCACACCCACCAUUCCGGAAGUAGGGACGACAUGGACGGAGGCGAAGAAGAGCAGGACGAAGACGAGUGCCGAGGAGGGGGAAACAACAACAAGAACAACAACAGCACCAACAACAUCACCAAUAGCAACAGCGGUGGCGGUGGAGGCAGCAACCCCAACGAGCACUCCUACUGCUACCAGCUGCUGCAGGAGCUGGACAAGCAGCGCAAGAGCGGCAUCCUGUGCGACGUCAACAUCGUGGUGAGCGGCAAGGUCUUCCGCGCCCACAAGAACAUCCUGGUGGCCGGCAGCCGCUACUUCAAGACCCUCUACUGCCUGACCAAGUGCCAGGAGAUGGGCAUGGGCGGCGGAGGAGCUGGGGGUGGUGGUGGAGGAGGUGGUGGAGGCGGAGGAGGAGGAGGUGGUGGCGUGGGGAGCAGUUGCGACCAGGCCCAGGUGACCCAUCUGGACGUGGCGGCGGUGCAGGGCUUCUCGGUCAUCCUCGACUUCCUGUACUCGGGCAACCUCCUCUUGACCAGCCAGAACGCCAUCGAGGUGAUGUCGGUGGCCAGCUACCUGCAGAUGACCGAGGUGGUGCACUCCUGCCGGGCCUUCAUCAACGACGCCCUGAACAUCAGCAUCAAGCAGGAGGCCCCCGACUCGGUGGUGCUCGACUACAACAAGCGCCGCAUGCUGUCCAAGGACGGCGCGGGGGGCUGCGUCACCACCUCCGCCUCCUCCUCGGAGAACAAGAAGAGCACGGGCAACUUCUGGGCCACUAGCAUCCUGUCCAAGCUGUCCAUCAAGGCCAGCACCACCACCACCACCACCUCCUGCCUCGUCAAGGAGGAGCCAAACGACUCGCUGGACGUCUCCUCCUCGGCCAAUGACAGCUGCUGCUCCGCCUCGGGGGGCGCCGGCACGCCCGAGUAUACUGACGACGGCGCCAAAUGUGGCAGCACUGUCGGCGGCACGCAGAGUGGCGUGACGCCCGUCUUUGUGUGGAACGAGCCCGUGCUGAACACGGGCGUGAGCGUGAAGGUGGAGGCUGGGGCGUCGGCGGGCACCGGCGUUGGCAUGGGCGGGCGGUCGUCGGAGCCGGGCAGCGGGCGCAGGAAGAAGCAGGCGGCCCGGCGCUUCGUCUACAACUUCCCGCCGCCGCCCGAGCCUGAGGAAGGGGGGUUCGACGAGGGCAUGUACAUCCAGCCGUCCGCGUCCUACAAGCGGGAGGACUUCAAGCGGGAGGAGUUCACUUUCCUCUCUGACAACACCGGUGAGACUGCAGACGUGGCCCUGAACAAGUUGAAGUGUCCGCACUGCAACUACAUCGCUAAGCAUCGCCGCACGCUCAAGCGCCACCUCAUCAUCCACUCGGGCGUCCGCUCCUUCAGCUGCGACAUCUGUGGCAAGCUCUUCACACGCCGCGAGCACGUCAAGAGACAUUCCCUGGUGCACAAGAAGGACAAGAAGUACAAGUGCAUGGUGUGCAAGAAGAUCUUCAUGCUGGCGGCGUCGGUGGGCAUCCGGCACGGCUCGCGCCGCUACGGCGUGUGUGUGGACUGCGCCGACUCCCACCAGGCCUCCCAGGAGGCCAUGCAGGAGCUGGAGCAGCAGCUGGCGCGCGGCGAAGGCGACCCCGACGACGACUUCGACAUGAUGCAAGACCCCGACGACGACAUGAUGGCCGACGGGGAUGAGAACGAGCCUGAGAAUGACCCCGAGAACGAGCCGGGCGACCAUGACGACGGCGACCAAGACGACCAACAGUGGGAGGCCGAAGGAGAGAACAUGGCCGCCGCCGCCGAUUAGAAGAUGGCCGCCGCCGAUAUUGCAACAUGGCCACCAACGAUUAGAAGAUGGCCACCGCCACCGAUAUUGCAACAUAGGCGACGAUAUUACAACAUGGACGCCGACGAUUAGAAGAUGGCCACCGACCUCCGAGCGACCUUCGCUAUUUCCUGUCAUCCUUUAGCUGAGUAACGACUUUUUUUUAUGUCAUUGCCGUACCGUGAUGAUGUAAAAAUACAGAGUAUACACACUCACACAGUCAAAACACAAACACACACACACCAAGCAAAGCAAAAGAUUUGAGACGUAACAAAACAAAAAAAUGUUUGUAAGUUAAAGAAAAAAAGCGUAUAAACAAAGAUUUAUAUAUGAAAAAAAACUACUAAUAGCUGGGAAACAAUCAACUACUCCAAAGUGCUAUCCAAACUUCAAGGUUGCUAUUGUACUUCUGAGACAAAGAUGAAAAAAACGUUUAACAAGAAACCGAUAAACCUAAAGCUUUUGGUAGUGAGGGACUCUAAGAUGUACAGAUCAUUUAAACGAGUGGAACACGGGCCGUAGAGGCCCACGAGAGAAAGAAAGAGAGAAAGAGAGAAGAUCUCUUUGAAAAUCAGGUGUUUUUGUUCUUGUUCCUGGUGAUGCUAUAUACUUUUUGUUUCAUAGCGGUUGACAGUGUACAGCGUUUUAAGUUCCGAUAGGCCAAUCAUCUUAAAAGAGUAAAUGUUAAUUAUUUAAUUUAUGAAGAGAAAAAAGUUUUUAUGGUCUUACAGAAUAAUUAUGUAAUUUUUUUCUUUGUGGUUUUGUGUCUGCUGUCUGAAGUUCCGUUUUUUCUUGUUUUGUUUUUGUUUUUUGUUUGUUUUUGACUUUUCGUCAAAAUCUGAACGUCUGUCGCUUUAAUAUAUAUAUAGAGAGAGUGAAAGCGUAAAAGAACGAAAGACCGAGAGAUUGCAAAAAAAAUCCGAGUGUGCAAGAAAGAGAGAUUACGUGAGAACUAUGGAUCUAUUGCCAACAGGAAGAUUGUAUAUUUUCUCUUUGGUUGGAGGCAUUCAGCUGUCCCGAAAGAAAAAAAAAAUCCAGAUUAUUUUAUAUUCCUUUUUAUUAAUAUUAAUAUUAUUAUUAUUCUUAUGAUUCUAAUGAUUCUGCUUGUCGAUGUUUUUUUCCCCCCUACACACGUCUUGGAACCAAACCUCUGUUUUGUGACUAAAGUCGCACAGCCAUAUUUAUGCGUUAAAUUAUGUAGGCUGUGCCAUUGUGCCAAACAGACCGCACACCAAGGCAGUGUAGGACACACAUGUAUACACACACACACACGAAACUACUGAACCAUGCUGAGAGAAAGAGAGAGAGGGAGAGAGAAAGAAGUAUAAAGCGAAAGAAUAAGGCUAGAGAGAAAUAGACAAAAAAAACAUUUUAUAUAUUAAAAAAGAGUAAUGUUUAAGAAAAGACUAAAGAUUUUAAGGGGAAUUACUAUUGCUAGCUUUAUAUGUCUCACUGCGACACGGUAACACUUUAUAGAGCAUUUUGACAUUCACUUAAAGCUUGAAUUUUUUGCCAAAUGGCCGAGGCAUUUGGUGCUGUAAUGCUAAUCUUGAGAUACUGGACCUACAAGCUGUAUAUGAUGAUGUUAAUAAUCAAAACAGCCCAGAGCGCGGCCAAAUGCACUGGCCAAUGGUGUCGCCACUCCAAGUCCUGGUUCCGGAUACGGCUUCGGUUCCGGAAUUCAGGUCUGGGUUCCGGUUCUAGAAUCCAGGCCGGACUUGGCUGAUGCAUGGCCCGGUGCUGGCCUGCGCUCGGGGCCAAGCCUCUUCUGACUCAGAUAUAUGCUAACCUGCUCUUUCUGUAACACUGUUGUGCUUUUUGGACCCUAUCAGGUAUGCUUAUACGCCAUCCUAUGUUCUGUUCUUGUCUUUAUUUAAUUGUAGUCACACACAUACACACACACACACACACACACAGACACACACACACACACACAAUCUCAUGAAUACGGAUGCAAACGCCGCUCCUAUGCUCGUCCAGCCCCCAUCUGUAAAUGUGAGCGAUGCUGGUGACUUUAAGACUCCAGGUCCCCUACUAGUGUCGUUUAUAGUGGUACAAAAUGUAGAAGUAUGAAGGGCCUCACUUUGGGGGCUGCGGGGGCCAAAUUUGCAGGAUGCACAAUCAAUCGAGCAAUCACUCAACCAAUCAAACGACUCAAUCAAUCAACCAAUC